GUAGUAUGGGAAAGCGUACAGAAGGUACUAGCGAGGAAGGUGGCUCUCGUGAGAAGUAUAUCAGUUGGAGUGAUGAUGCUACUCAGUUCAUGCUUGAGUGGUAUAUAGAGCUCUGCAAAGACAAACCUAGUACCUUCAAGUGGAAGAAACAACACCACCAGCAAUGUGCUAUAGCUUUAAAAGACAAGUUUGGGAUUAGAGUCACCAAAAGCCAAGUCCACAGGCACUUAAGGCUAUGCAAGGAAAAAUGGAGUUGGAUUUGUGCAGCUUUAGGGAAAAGUGGCUAUGGUUUUGAUGCAGCAUCAUGCAAAUUUAACAUUGACCCAUCUGAGAAGGAUUCAAACAAACUUGGUACAACUAAAUAUAACUACUUGACUAAGCCUAUCAAAUUCUUUCACCCCUUUGAAGAAUUAUUUAUUGGUUGUUCAAAAGCUGAUGGUUCACUAGCAAUUGACCGGUUCAAUGCAAAUGGUAGCAGUGAUAGUGAUGGCAGUGGUAGCAUCAAGGAGUUGGAAGAAUACAUAUUUGCAUUGGAAGAUGGUGGCCAUGAUUCUGACACGAUAGCUCGCAAUAGUCCUACUACUGAUGGCACUUAUUCAGGGCAUAAGCGUAGAUCUGUGAAAUCACCUACCAAGAAGACUCUGAAGCAUAAAACAAGCCACAAAGAAGAAGAACAAGAUGAGCUGGCAGGUAGUAUCCUUAAGCUUGCUAACAAACUUGCAUUAGUUGAACAAUCCAUUGUAGGAGGUCCUAAUGCAAGUAUUUGGAGGCGCAUAGAAGAUCUCACCAUCCCAGCAAGUGACAAAAUUGAACUUGCAACCUUUCUUGCCAAGCCUGAACAAGAAAUCUUUCGUUCGUAUUUGCGAGUUGCAAGUGAUGCAAGUUUCCAAGCUUGGGUUAUAGAUUACUUUGAGCGCAAAUGUGCUUGCAAUGGUGGCAAUGGGUGCACUAUGUGAAUCAUGUGUCAGGUGGUGACAUUUUGGUUAGGGAGCAAUGUAUUUUGAUAAAACCCAUGA